AUGAUGAGAGCCACGUUUCCUUCGGAAGAGAAGUACGGACCGCGAUUGAACAUGUGCCUUUGCCAUUGCUCUUCGGAAGAUGCAGAUCACCCAGCGCGUGCUUUGUGUCUGCAAGGCCGCAACUCUAUCGGGUGGCAAUCUGACAAGGGAUGCGUAUAUCCGCAAGAGCUUGGAUUUGCGUUUGAAGGUGAAGUAGAACUAAAUUUUAUUCGAGUACUCUCUCAUGAAAGAAAGAUUGCAUCACGUAUCGAAUUUUUUGUUGCGGAAGCCACCGAUGAGGAAAUACAAAGGGGAACGGUCAAACCCUACAGUCAGAGCAGUUUUCGACGUUUGGGAUAUGUUUGCUUUGUUUCCAAUGCAGAUAACACGUUUGGGGCUCGAGAACUCAAAACAAUAAAUAUCAGACAAAAAUGCGUUUAUGUCAAGCUCCUGAUUUCAAGGCCAUAUCAUAGUGAGUACAAUAUAUUUCAUCAAGUAGGCAUCGCCGCACUGACAAGCCACGGUACAAUUCGGCGCACGCAUCAGAGUGUUCCGACACAGGGAAUAUGUCUUGUGGGAGAGACGGUGGAAGUCCCUUUGGAUGAGAUGCUUCCACCGCGUUCGGAAGAUUUUAAGCCGCUGGAAGCAGUGUAUGAUAAUGGUUAUGAAAUCGACAAUGCAACAGCUCGUCGUAUUGGAGAACUUCUAUUGUUGAAGGAAAAAGCCGUGGCAGCGGAGGACUAUGAUUUGGCGAGCGCGUUAAAAACAUGUUUGUUGAAUUUAGAGAGUGUAGGGAAAGAACUUUAUGUUUUAGAAAAACAAAAGAUAGAGGCCGUAGAAAAGGAGGAUUACGUUUCUGCAAAGGCAUUAAAGCGUCAAAUUGAUGGUCUAAGGGAGGCAGCAUACAAGAUUCCCACUACAGUUUCAGGAGGGACUGGAAACGCCAAUGAGUCAAAUAGAAUAGAAGAGUUGCUAACAAAACAAGAACCAACAGUGAUGAGAGAGUCAACAUCAGUGGAACUCCCGGAAACACAUCUUCUGCCUUCAGUAAUAGACGUAAAUACUCGAAAUUCUGUAUCGUUUGAUGAAAUCCCUGUGGAGGCACGAGGGUUUUACGAAAUAGAAACUACAGAAAAUUCGGUGGAUUACGAAGCAAGGAACAAUAGUGGCAAUAGAGGGAAUUUUAGUGGCGAAUUCACUUCAGUGUUUACGGAAGGGAAGGAGGAAUGGGAAAUAUCGAUUAACCGCGUCAUUCUUGGACUCUCUGGAGGCGAGGCACAAGCUUCAGUAUUGCAAGGAGAAGCACUUACAGAGGCUGGAACCUGUGAAAAGGUGUUUGGAACCUACUGUUGUGCUUGUUUGUUUGGGAGGGAAGGAUCACUUCGUGAGGCUGCCAUUCGUGCUAUCAUAUCACCCGAUGGUUUUGCUGCUCUUUCCACGCAUUCAAGCACGGUCAUGGAAACGCUCUUCGCCUACAUGGCACUUCCUUCCCGUGGCUUGAGUGAUUCAGUGGCAGGGGUCGUACUUGCGUGCUGUGAGGCGCUUCAAACUAUUAUUAAACACAAUAUUCCAGUCGUGCCACCUGUGCCUGCUCUGAUACCAUACUUAAAACCCCUCAUCCCGAAGUUAGUGCUGCGUUCAGGUGACAACAACAGCCGAGUUAGAGAGAUGGCUGAAUCUGUUCUUAUGUCGUUUGCGGAGGUGGCGAUUGAGCUCGUGGUUUCAGCACUUCUUAUAGGUACAGGCAAGAAUAAAAAACAACCAGUCUCGGCCAGGGUUCAGAUUUCCCGCAUGAACAUGCUUAGUUCACUUAUAGAUUGUUACGGUAUUAACGGAGAUGGGGCGGCUAGUCUUGAACCAGACACUGUUAUACCCAAGGCGGUAUUGCCAUGUUUGCAGCAUUCGAAUGGCAAGGUGCGGGAGGCGGCAAGCCGCGUUUUAGCCAAAUUACUUCUUGUUGCUCCAUCUCGCUCAACUUCGUACAUGAAGGCGUUAAAACCGUCACAGAAGAGUUUGGUAGAACAACAAGUGACGGCCCUGAAAGCGUCCGCGGCAGACGUGAAUGACAAAGAUGAAAUUGGGACUACUACUACACCUUUCCCUGGAAAGGUUCUGGACGAAAAUAAGACGCAUUCGGUAGGACGAAGUUUCCGAUUUAGCUCUGGGUUACGCGGCGCUAACUCCGCAGAAAAGACAUGCCAGUUCUGUGGGGAGUUUGAUGAGAACUUUUCGAAGGCAACGCUGGAUAUUCACCUUAUUCGGGCAUGCCCAAUGCUGUGUCCGUGCCCUCUCUGCGACCAGGUGACGGAGAUUGCCAACCUGCAGCAACACCUCACCGCCGAGUGUGAGAACAGGCGUUUGGUGCGCGAGUGCCCUGUUUGCAGAGAGGCCGUGAGGGUAGACGACAUCAAAAGGCACAUCGCGGCAAAGAAGUGCAUCAAAGCCGUGCCAACCCACAGCGUAUGUCCACUGUGCCACGCUCGAUUUCUAGCGGGAUCGGCUGGGUGGGUGGCACACUUGGCUUCGCCUCCAGGCUGCCCGAAUAACCCGAGAAGGCACGACGGCUCAGGACCCAUAGCGGGAUGA